AUGGAACUUAUAGACGAAUUUACCGAUAUGACCUGGUCCAUUCCCCUGCGAUCGAAGGGUCAAGCAUAUGAUGAGCUACGCCGCUGGGAGAAGCAAAGGGAGUUAGAGACAGGCGAAGUCGUUGGGAUCUACCGGACCGAUAAUGGCGAACUCAAGAGUAACCGUAUGCGCGAGUGGCUGGCAACGAAGGGUACACAACAAGAGUUCACGGCGCCAUAUACAUCCGCACAUAAUGGUGUUGCCGAGCGUCGGCACCGAACCAUCUUCGCCUUAGCACGCACGAUGCGUGCAGCAUGCAAUGCCCCCUUCUACCUCUGGGACUACUUUGUCGAGACUGCCGCACACAUUGCGCAACGCCGUCCUACCACCUACCAGAACAAGAAGACACCAUAUGAAGCCUGGUAUGGACGCAAGCCCGACCUAUCCUACCUGCGGGAGAUUGGCUGCGCAGCAUUUGUCCUCAUCCCAAAUAAGUCAAACCCCAAGAUCUACGACCGCUCACUGGAAUGCAAGCUCAUCGGCUAUUCAAACGACUCGAAGGCCUACAUAUGCUACCACACCAAAUCUCGCAAGGUCAUCACAUCAUACCACGUACAGUUUGUCGAGAGCUUCCAGACCCACCCUCGCCCACUACUGCCUCACAAGAUGGCAGGUGACUCUGGUAUCCCACCACCUGUAGACGAUCUACAGCCACCUGCUGUACAGCAGCCCAGUGACGACGAUCACACACUUCGGCAGCCUUGUUCGGGAAACCCGUCGGAAACCAACCGUACGUAA